AUGUGUAGAUACCGUACGCUCGCCGAACUGGCGUACCUUCUUAUGCUACCGGCUUUGCGCUACCGUUUCGAAUCCCCUUGGGGGCGCGAAGAGCGAGACGGGCGGGAUCCUGGAGAGGAUUCGCCCGUGUCACUCUCACCUUUGUUUCGCUGAUCACUUCCGAGCGGAAAGACCGGGUGAACUCUUACGACGGGAUGGAGCUUGCUCGGCUGCGGCUCCCUUUUUGGGAGAACCGCCACCGAUCGACCUGAGCACGAAAGAGCAAGAAGGAGCAAGAUCUUGCACGAGGAGAAAUAGCCUAUAGGCCAAGAGAUGGGGACAAGAACAGGCAGGUGCGUGUGUGUGUGACUGGAUGCAUAGACAAAUAGAUGUACUCCAAGGGCAAGUUUUCUGUGUACAAGUAAAUGGUGAAUCUUUACGGUAAUAUUUACUUCCAUCGAAGUGGUACGUCCAUAAUUCAUAUCUGUAGUUCCAUGGAAGCGAAUAUCGCUUCCAUGGAAGCGUCGUUUAGUGCGCAACGUGUAGUGUCCAUGGAAUUGGUAUCAGCUUCCAUGGAAGUACACUCAACUUCCAUGGAAGCUGAUUUAUAUUUCCAUGGAAGCGGUACACAUUUGUCAAACAGUGUGGGAUAUCGAGUGCAUGAUGCCCUAUCCUUGCUUUCCGGUUGCCCUGCACUUGCCACACAUGGGCGGCCUACGGUGGCCGCCGCCUCCCCAACCUCCGCCUCCCGCGCGGCUGCGCGGAGGCCUAUGCUGACCGGAUAUGCCCGGGCGGGCCCACGCCGGUUCUGCUGGCUACUCUGGCCGCCCAUGUUUUUGUGGGUUGGUUUUAGUUUUGUAUCCUCCUCUUUCGUGGCUACCGACGUUCUCCGCUCGACCAGCACCUCCCUUUUGCCAGCACAUGUUCCCUUGCCUUCGUCGAAACCCUCUUGCGAGUUCUCCCGUUCUACUUUCUUUCGACCCCCCUGAUUACGUCAUCUUUAAAAUCCCCAACAAUUGGGUUUGGUGGCUAUUAAAGAGAUCCACCGGUUCGCAUUGAUGUGAAACGAGAUACAAUAGCUUGAAGGCAGACCGUCCAAAAAUAUCUGGUUUGUGUGGCUAUUGGCCACGCGGCGGAUAUGCGCCGCUUUGACACCAAACCGUUGGUUGAAAGACCACGAACAGCCCGCAAAGCAUGCCUGCGGUUUGGAUCUCGAGCGAAGUCGACCCUGAUCCUCUCUCGUGAUUGCUAGGUAAAGAGCCCCAUUAUUCCUUGCCGCUACAAGUAGUACGCAUGCUGAUCACUCGAAAGAGAGACUGAUAGAUCGCCGCGUGAGCCGUGGAUGCCCUUGGCUUCCAUGGGUUUAUUGCGUGACCCGAUUCCUCCAUCAAUCAGAAGAUUGAAGAUUGAGCACAGUUGCUCCACCACGGCAUUCUUUUGUUAGCUUGUUUUGGAAAUCGGAGCAUGUAGGUUUCUUUUGUAGCUCGGAGCUAGAUACGAUCGAUGCUAGCCUACCGAUUGGGGGGUUGCUCUUGUCGGGAAGAUGCGUGCAGCGAAGCAUGGGUAGCCCACUUGAGCGAAACCUCCUACCGCUUUGGUGUUGCUAUGACGCCCAUGUUGCCCCACACCGAGUGUCACGACAAUCGCACUUCCUGCCUGUGGCCUCCGUUCUUCGGCUUGCCCAUGGCCGCAAGGUGCAUCCAAAUACCAGUAAUGCACUUUACUGCCACAUCCAAUCGUUCUCUACGUGCACCUGUUUGCUCACGUUUCCUCUCCCCCCCCCCUCCCGCCAGCUAGUUUCUAGGAGUUGUGUGUGUGUGUGUUUUCGUCGUGUUUAUUAUGGCGACAGUCCCCCUAUUUUUCGCGGUGAGACGUGUCCUACACUUUUCAGCGUAUGUAGAGUACUACACUUUUCAGAGUAUUUUUCGUACAACUACAACCUUCCAGGGUCACACAGGAGGGGGUAAACACCAGGGCUUUUUUUAUUUCUUUUCAUGCCCCACCUUCCUCCUGCGGUGCGUGCUGUAUUUUAUGUUUAUCGCGAGAAGGGUCCAGCCGUCCCUUUCCUUCGUUAACGGUGCUAACGUCGAAGUUUUGUACUCACGCGAGCUUGUCAGCUAUAUUUCGCUCUCACCCGCACAUUUCGUAAUUUUUUCACCCCAUGGGGAUUC